GACACGAAGUGCCAGACUCACGUUGAUCCUAUCAUCCAUCCCGGAGUUCUUCUUGAUCCUGCAGAAGAUGUUUCGUGGUCAGAUGACGAAGUAGAUCCGCGGGUAGACACUAUGGUAAAGUUGGCGGAGGAAUGAUUCAAGUUCAAUAAUGAUAUGUUUCCUGGUGGGUGCAUCCCAUCUGAAGUUGUUGUAGCCCCCAAAAAACAAAAAAGAACUGCAAGUUUGAAAGGUGGUCGUGUCAGGAAAUCUUCAAAGCAGGGCAGAAUCCCAAAAAAUCCAACCGGGAUUCGAAGGACUCAGCAAUCUGUGCAUAAUGAUGAAGAAUCUGUUGGUUUGGUUGAUAUGAACGCGUUAUCUUGGAUGUUAGAUGCUAAAUUGAAUGCGCAGUACAAAAAGAUCAUUAAAGGUGUUUCUGAUUGGUUUAUUGCAAACACUUUGAUUUCUGCGGAGAAUAGGGAAGAUGUUCUUGCUGAGAAUGGUAAAGAAGUUUCUGCGGAGAAGAGGAAAGGAAAAAAGCUUCUUGUUCCCCAGUCUAAUCCUCUCCACAUUUCCGUUGGAGACGAUGAUUUUGACACUCUCUUUCCCCUCCGUCCGCCGAGUCGUCGUUCUUCUCGCAUUGGCAAAGCUGCCCAUCGCGUCCCCCAAGCGCCCGAUGAGGGAUUGGGACUCAUCAAUUCUGUUGAAGGGAUAGCUUCUUAUUAUAACCGCUUUGUAUCUGGCGAUUGCAGUGGGUCAAGGUCAGGAGAUGGUCUAGCGAGUCAUGUUGAUGUUGAAGAAAAUGAUUUGGUUAAUUGUCAGGUUAGUAGCUAA